UAUACUUAGGAGCUUUGUUCUCAUCCAACCAAAUAUUUCGGGCAAUGGCGUAUGCAUCUUCAAUUAUUUCCUGUUGCAUUUGCUUGUGAAUUUGCGAAACCUAUGCUUUGCUUUAGUUUGGUGGAUCUGUGGAUUUGUGGGUCUCUUUCAAUCCCACCCUCCUAUUCUUUUCCUGAUAUUGAACUUUCCCUGGAUUUCUGUAACAAGAAGCACCCAAGAUCUUAACAAGAUUUACUGAAACGUAUAUAUAAUUUCAUAGUUUCUUCUCAUAAUCCAUCUCAAACAUGACUAGAUGUUUCAGCUUCACAGCUUCCCGUGAUUGGUUCUAUCGUUACUCAUUUGGCAACGCCGGUCUCCGAUCAAUCUCCUCCGAUUUCGGAGAUGGCACCAUCAUGCAUUGUUGGGUGCCAAGAACCAGGAAAUUAUCUAAACCAAACCUUGUUCUUGUCCACGGCUUCGGUGCCAAUGCAAUGUGGCAAUACGGUGAGCAUCUCCGUCACUUCAUUGAUCGUUUCAACGUCUACGUGCCGGACCUCCUCUUCUUCGGCGAGUCCUACACGUCGAGGCCUGAAAGGCAUGAAUCUUUCCAAGCUCAGAGUCUGAUGAGGCUAAUGGAGUCACAAGGAGUGCAUAGAAUGAGCCUUGUAGGGAUCAGCUAUGGAGGAUUUGUUGGGUAUAGCUUGGCAGCACAGUUUCCUACGGCUGUAGAGAAGAUUGUGUUGUGUUGUGCUGGGGUUUGCUUGGAAGAAAAGGAUAUGGAAAAUGGUUUGUUUAAGGUAUCAAAUUUGGAUGAAGCAGCCAGCAUUUUAUUGCCACAGACACCAGAGAAAUUAAGAGAGUUGAUGAAAUUUUCUUUUGUGAAGCCAACCAGAGGAGUCCCCUCUUUCUUUCUUGCAGAUUACAUUGAUGUUAUGUGCACAGAAUUUGCUGAGGAGAAGAGAGAGCUAAUUCAGGCUAUACUCAAGGGUCGAAAGCUUUCUAAGCUACCAAGGAUCACCCAGCCAACGUUAAUAGUUUGGGGAGAGCAAGAUCAAAUAUUCCCUCUGGAACUAGGGCACAGAUUACAAAGGUGCAUAAUCCUUGUGAUAGGCAUGUGGGAGAAAGUGCAGAAUUAGUGGUAAUUAAGAAUGCUGGGCAUGCAGUAAACUUAGAGAAGGCCAAGGAGUUUGCUAAGCACUUAAAAUCAUUCCUCAUUGAUUCAGUUACAUCUCCAUCAACUCAUCAGUACCAUCUCUUCCACUAACAAGAUUUGUAGAUUCAUAUAUAACCAAAUUCUUCUUAUAUGACAUGAGACCAUUGCUUCUUAUAUGACAUGAGACCAUUGCUUCUUUUUUUGUACAUCUCUCAAAAUAAAUAAAUAAAUAAACAAAACUUCUAUAUAGUUGUCAAAAUCUUCUUAUGAAAUUUACAUGG